AUGUCGGUCGCCGCCGACACCAGCGCCUCGCCGCUCACCGCAGAGUGCGCGCUCGCAAAGUCCGCCAAAGGCGCCGCGUGCGUGCAGCUCGUGGGUCAGGUGCUCGACAACCCCUCGCUGUACGUGUUUGGCGAGCUGCUCGACAUGCCAAACGUGCAGGCGCUCGCCGACGGCCCUCCCGCGCACGCCGCCGCGUACGAGCUCCUCAAGAUCUUCGCGUACGGCACGUGGAAGGACUACACGGCGCGCGCGGCGCAGCUCGGCCAGCUCUCCGCCGCGCAG